AUGGGGCUUGUGACGACAGGCGCUCGGUGUAACCGGUGAUCUUCAGGAUGGCGACUCCUCUAACGGACCAGGAGAAGCGCAAGCAGAUCAGCAUCAGAGGGAUCGUCGGUGUGGAGAAUGUGGCAGAGCUGAAGCAGGGCUUCAACCGGCACCUGCACUUCACGCUGGUCAAAGACAGAAACGUCGCGACGCCGCGGGAUUAUUAUUUCGCGCUCGCGCACACGGUGCGUGAUCACCUGGUGGGCCGCUGGAUCCGAACACAGCAGUUCUACUAUGAGGCCGACCCGAAGCGCGUAUAUUACCUGUCACUGGAGUUCUACAUGGGCAGGGCGCUCCAGAACACCAUGAUUAAUCUAGGUCUGCAGAACGCCUGUGAUGAGGCUAUCUACCAGCUGGGGUUGGAUAUGGAGGAUCUGGAAGAGAUGGAAGAAGAUGCCGGAUUAGGCAACGGAGGGCUGGGAAGAUUAGCAGCUUGUUUUCUUGACUCCAUGGCGACUCUGGGUCUGGCUGCUUAUGGAUAUGGGAUUCGAUAUGAGUAUGGAAUCUUCAACCAGAAAAUCAAAGAUGGCUGGCAGUUUGAAGAGGCGGAUGAUUGGUUGAGGUACGGGAACCCCUGGGAGAAAGCCCGUCCUGAGUUCAUGCUGCCCGUGCAUUUCUAUGGCCGUGUGGAGGAAGAGGAUGGGAAGGAGCCGAAAUGGGUCAAUACACAGGUGGUCCUGGCCAUGCCGUACGACACGCCAAUCCCUGGAUACAUGAACAACACGGUGAACACUAUGCGCUUGUGGUCUGCACGCGCACCCAACGACUUCAACCUGCGAGACUUUAAUGUUGGUGAUUACAUUCAGGCAGUUUUGGACCGCAACUUAGCAGAAAACAUUUCCCGCGUACUCUAUCCAAAUGACAAUUUCUUUGAAGGAAAGGAGCUGCGGUUGAAGCAGGAAUAUUUUGUGGUGGCAGCGACUUUACAAGAUGUGAUUCGGCGCUUUAAGACUUCAAAGAAGAACUGCUCUGGACCGUUGUCAUUUGACAGCUUCCCUGAUAAGGUUGCCAUCCAGUUGAAUGAUACUCAUCCUGCUAUGGCCAUCCCUGAGCUGAUGAGGAUAUUUGUGGACAUUGAGAAACUAGACUGGGACACAAAUUUGCCUGAAGCUCUGGAGCGCUGGCCGGUCGAACUGAUGGAGAGACUUUUACCCCGACACCUGCAAAUCAUAUACAGGAUCAACCAAAUACACUUGGAUCAUAUAGCAUCUCUGUUUCCAGAUGAUAUGGAUCGAAUCCGCAGGAUGUCUCUGAUCGAGGAGGAAGGGGGAAAGAGAGUAAACAUGGCCCAUCUUUGCAUUGUGGGCUCACACAAAGUCAAUGGAGUUGCAGAGAUUCACUCCGACAUAAUCAAAAGAGACGUAUUCCGAGACUUCAGCGAGCUUGAACCGGAGAAAUUUCAGAAUAAAACAAAUGGCAUCACACCACGACGCUGGCUGCUUCUCUGCAACCCAGGACUCGCUGAUCUGAUUGCAGAGGCUAUCGGUGAAGACUAUGUGAAAGAUCUAAAUCAUCUGCAGAAGCUGAAUGAUCUGGUUGACUACGACACUUUCAUCCGAGAUGUAGCCAAAGUCAAACAGGAUAACAAGCUGAAGUUUGCACAGUAUUUAGAGAAGGUGUACAAUGUGGACAUAAAUCCUGCAUCCAUGUUUGAUGUCCAUGUGAAAAGAAUCCAUGAAUACAAACGACAGCUGCUCAACUGCCUCCACGUCAUCACCAUGUACAACCGCAUCAAAAGGGGCCCCAUUAAACCUUUUGUACCACGGACUGUGAUUAUCGGUGGAAAGGCUGCUCCUGGAUAUCACAUGGCAAAGAUGAUUAUUAAGUUGAUCACCUCCGUCGCUGAUGUUGUGAAUAACGAUCCUGUGAUUGGCCGUAAACUGAAGGUCAUUUACCUGGAGAACUACAGAGUGUCACUGGCAGAGAAAGUGAUUCCAGCUACAGACCUGUCAGAGCAGAUCUCCACUGCAGGUACAGAGGCUUCAGGGACGGGAAACAUGAAGUUCAUGCUGAACGGGGCGCUGACCAUUGGCACUAUGGAUGGUGCCAACGUGGAGAUGGCAGAAGAAGCCGGAGAAGAAAACCUCUUCAUCUUUGGCAUGAGGGUGGAAGAUGUAGCAGAGAUGGAUAAAGAAGGCUAUGAUGCAUUACAAUAUUAUGAGAGUCUUCCAGAGCUUAAACAAGCCGUAGAUCAGAUUAAAAGUGGCUAUUUCUCACCGAAACAGCCUGAGAUGUUCAGCGACAUCAUCAACAUGCUGUUCCAUCAUGAUCGGUUUAAAGUUUUCGCAGACUACGAGUCUUACGUGAAGUGUCAAGAGAGAGUCAGCGCUCUGUAUAAGGAUCAGAGAGAGUGGACUCGGGUGGUAAUUAAGAACAUUGCGGCAUCUGGAAAGUUCUCCAGUGACCGCUCCAUUAAAGAGUACGCCACUGAGAUCUGGGGAGUGGAGCCGACUGACCUGAAGAUUCCUCCACCCAGCGAACCCCGUGAAGCUCUGGAGGAAACCGCUCGCACCCUGCGCAAGAACUGAACACGUCAGCACAGAGUCAUAGGAUCAUGAGAAGACUUGUUACAGUAAUUAAUAUAAUUACUUAACUUAGUAUGAAUUCAUUUUUAGUUUUUGCUUUUAAGUUUUUCAAAUGUUCAUGCAUGACUUUCUAAAGGAGUGCCUUGUACUAGCAAAAAGCUCAAAUAAAUCUCAUAUUUUCAUUCA